AUGAAAACAAAUAAAAAAACAAGUCCGCCUAAAAAAGUAGUAGAAAGUAUCAGAAAGGAAAUGACCAACCCUAAUUUUCCUUACAAAAAUAUUAAUCUAAUGCCGGAUGCUACUCCUUUAGAAAAGAAUAAAUAUGAAAUUUGCCAAAAGAUACUGGCUUAUAAGCAAGAUAACAAACUGACUAUAGAAAAGGUGGCUAAAAGUAUUCAAUUAACUAUACCGGAGACUGAGGAUAUUUUCUUUGGCCGAAUUAAUAAAUUCACUUUGGAUAGAUUAGUAGAAUAUGCUACUAAACUAGGAAUAUUUUUACAAAAGACAAAAUAUUUUUUUAAAAUUAUGGGAAAAUACAGCAAAAAAAGAGUAGAAACUAGUAGAAAGUUCACAAGUGCAGAAAAAAUGAAAGAUAACUUCUUUGCUAAUUCUGCAAGAAGAAGAAAAGCCGGCGAUAAAGUCCAUGGCGAUGCUGCCGAUGAUGUUAAUGAAAUAAAACUGUCGGCUAAUGAGGAAAUAUUUAACCAAAAAAAGCAAGCGUUAAUUAGUAAAGUUCAAGAUUGCAUUAACAAAUGUCAAGCCACUGAAACUUAUUCAAUUGCUAAUAUUCAAAAAUUGGAACCUAAACAUCAGAAAGAAUUGUUGAAAUUAGAAGCAGAAGCAAAGCAGGCAGAAAACGAAUACAAAGAAAACAAAUCCAAAGCAGACCAAGAGACUGACCCGGAUAAAAAGGCUGAAUUCAUGCUUUUAGCCAACAAAGCAGCAAAAAAGGCGGAAGAAAUAAAAAGGAAAGUUAAGACUAAUCCCCUCGCUGAUUUAAGCCGUUUCAGCAACUUAGAUACUUUGACUAUUCUUUUAAAAGGUAAUGUUCCUAAAAAAACUCCUUCUAGUAGCAAAGCAAAUAACAGUAGUUCUUCACAGAAUACUUCUAGUUUCAACCACUCUUCAACCGACACUAAUAACCACCAACUCCUUAUUUUUGCUGGAAUAGCACUUUUACUAAUCUUCUACUUCUACACUCAGAAAGAAGAAAACUAUAAUUUUUAA